AUGAGAUUACGGUCCGAAUACAACACAGGAACCGAAGACGUAAACGACAAGCAGGCUGAAGAAUAUUAUGUUGGACAUCAAGAUUACGAAGAUCCAGUAACCUCAAGGCACGUGGAAGUGUUGGGACAAUUAGAGACCUCUUCGGCGAACUCGAAAUUUGAGGCAGCGCCUACAGCAACUUCUGUCUCUGAGUUCUCCAUUGCUAAUGCUGUGAACUUGCGAGAAGCAGUGCUGGUGGCAUUGGGAGGAGCGAGCGCUGCGCUGGUUCUUCUGAUCGUGAUGGCUGGUGUGUUCGUGGCUCGCAGACGCAAGAAUAGCCCCUCCCCCGCCCCCUCUCCACCGAUACUGGUCUACCCCCCGCACGACAUCUCCGCACCGUGUUAUAUGUAA